AUGAUCGCAAACAGCGCACCAACACAAACUCAAGCUCAUAUAGACAUGGAGUUGAGUCUGAUCCCCUAUCAAUACCAGGGUUGUUGGGGAACACACCUGAAGCGAGAAAAAGAAGUCGAGGUGACGACAGCAGAUUUUUUGCUCCUUUUCUUCAUUCCCGAAAAAAAAAGAGAAGAAUUAACAUCACAUGAAGCGAUGUCCAUCGAAGUUGUUUACAUAAGCGCUAAUCUAAAAACUCCCUACAUAGUGGAAAUUUGA